CAGAGUCGGUGCUGUGGAAGAAGACGUGGUUGAAAGAAUUAUCUGCUGUGAAGUUUGCGAGAAAAUAAAUUGCCAUGGAUCUCGUCGAACCUGCCGCGGAAAACCAAGGACAAAUGGUGAAAGACGAGCUGGCAGAGAAAUGUCAGAAAUUGUUUCAGGCGUUCCUGGAAGAAUUCCAAAACAGCGACGGUGAACUGAAGUAUCAGCGCGACGCGGAGGAGUUGAUUCGGCCAGAGAGGAACACGCUGCUGGUGAGCUACACCGACUUGGAGGGCUUCAACCAGGAACUCGCCACUACCAUACAGGAGGAGUUUUAUAGAGUUUAUCCCCACCUGUGCCGCGCUGUGAGGAACUUCGCCAGAGACCAUGGCAAUGUCCCCCCAUCCAAGGAGUUCUAUUUGGCCAUCCAGGAUCUGCCCACCAGGCAUAAGAUCCGCGAGCUGACCACGGUGCGCAUCGGGGCACUGUCGCGGAUCAGCGGGCAGGUGGUGCGUACCCACCCCGUCCACCCGGAGCUGGUGAGCGGCACCUUCCUGUGCCUGGACUGCCAGGCGCUCAUCAAGGACGUGGAGCAGCAGUUCAAGUACACCCAGCCCAGCAUCUGCCGCAACCCCGUCUGCAACAACCGCAAGCGCUUCAUGCUCGACACCAACAAGUCCAAAUUUGUGGACUUCCAGAAGGUGCGUAUCCAGGAGACGCAGGCGGAGUUGCCGCGUGGCUCCAUCCCGCGCACCAUGGAUAUCAUCCUGCGCGCCGAGGCCGUGGAGUCCGCCCAGGCCGGGGACAAGUGCGACUUCAUCGGAUCACUCAUCGUCAUCCCCGACGUCGCACAGCUCGCCACCCCAGGUGUUCGUGCUGAGACUAGCGCUCGCACGGCGGGCACUCAGGGCUAUGAGAAUGAGGGCCUGCGCGGGCUGAAGGCGCUGGGCGUGCGGGAGCUGACCUACAAGCUGGCGUUCCUGGCAUGCCACGUGGCACCCACCAACCCCAGGUUUGGUGGGAAGGAGAUCCGUGAGGAGGAGCAGACUGCGGAGGGCAUCAAGAACCAGAUGUCGGUCAAGGAGUGGGAGAAGGUGUUUGAGAUGAGCCAGGACAAGAACCUGUACCACAACCUCUGCACCAGCCUCUUCCCAACCAUACACGGUAAUGACGAGGUGAAGCGUGGCAUUCUGCUCAUGUUGUUCGGCGGCGUGCCCAAGACCACGAUGGAGGGCACCUCCCUCAGAGGAGACGUCAACGUCUGCGUCGUGGGAGACCCCAGCACAGCCAAGAGCCAGUUCCUCAAGCAUGUUGAGGAGUUCAGUCCCAGGGCGGUGUACACCAGUGGGAAGGCGUCCAGUGCGGCUGGUCUGACGGCAGCCGUGGUGCGGGAUGAGGAGUCCCAUGAGUUCGUCAUCGAGGCCGGAGCACUCAUGCUGGCAGACAAUGGUGUGUGCUGCAUCGACGAGUUUGACAAGAUGGAAGUUCGAGACCAGGUGGCCAUCCAUGAAGCCAUGGAGCAGCAGACCAUCUCCAUCACCAAAGCAGGAGUCAAGGCCACGCUGAACGCCCGCACCUCCAUCCUGGCGGCUGCCAACCCAGUGGGGGGCCGCUACGACCGCGCCAAGUCCCUUAAGCAGAACGUCAACCUCACCGCUCCCAUCAUGUCCCGCUUCGACCUCUUCUUCAUCCUGGUGGACGACUGCAACGAGGUUACUGAUUACGCCAUCGCCAGACGUAUAGUUGACCUCCACUCCCGGAUUGAGGAGUCCAUCGACCGAGUCUACACCUUGGAUGAGAUCCGAAGAUACUUGCUCUUUGCCAGGCAAUUUAAACCAAAGAUCUCUCAGGAGUCCCAGGACUUCAUCGUGGAGCAGUACAAGCGGCUGCGUCAGCGGGACGGCUCUGGUGUCACCAAGUCGGCGUGGCGCAUCACCGUGCGACAGCUGGAGAGCAUGAUCCGUCUGUCUGAGGCCAUGUCACGCAUGCACUGUUGCGACGAGGUUCAGCCGAAGCACGUGAAGGAGGCCUUCAGGCUGCUCAACAAGUCCAUCAUCAGGGUGGAGACUCCAGACGUGAACCUGGACCAGGAUGAGGAGGAGGAGGCCGCCAUGGAGGAGGAAGAGGAGGAGGGAGGCCAGAUCAACGGUCAUGUACCCAACGGAGGUAUAAACGGACACGGCGACGGCCCCCACGUGAACGGAGUCAACGGAGUCAACGGCAUCAACGGCCAUGGGGACGGUGUGAACGGACAUGGUGACAGCUCGGAGAAACGUGCCAAGCCCGCCAUGCGCCUCUCCUUCGCCGAGUACAGACGCAUCUCUAACCUGCUAGUGUUGCACCUGCGCCGUGCUGAGGAAGAAGAGGAUGAAGCCGGGCUGAAGAAGAGUGAAGUGGUGAACUGGUACCUGAAGGAGAUAGAGUCGGAGAUCGACUCGGAGGAAGAGCUGAUCAACAAGAAGGCCCUCAUCGAGAAGGUCAUCCACAGACUGGUGCAUUAUGACUACGUGCUAAUCGAGCUGUCUCAGUCUGGCCUGAAGGGCUCCUCGGAGGCCUCUACCCCCGCGGAAGGGGAGGUGAUGCUGGUGGUGAACCCCAACUACACGCUGGAGGACUAAACGCACAAGAUCAGCCCCGCUGCACUCACUGGACUAAAACUGUGGCUAGAUCUGGAACUCUGCUACGGUGGACCAUUUUAAGAGUUUUUAUCCUUGGCGUAAAUGCCAAGUGGGUCUUUUUGGUAAACUUCUAUACCAUGUGCGAUUUGAAACUCGACUUGUGUCAAGUGGGUUGUAGUACAACUCCAUACCAGUUGUGAAUCUGAAAGCGACCUUUGUAAAUUUGUUUAAACGUUAAAUGAUGAAGGCUGAGGAGGGAGUUGUUUUUAUUGUCUUUUAAUUUUGUCCAGACAAAAAGAAAAUCAAAUGUCAUGUUUUUACUGUUAUGGAAUGACUAUUUCCCUUUCUUCGUGGCAAUCUUAUGGAUGGAUUUCUUGAAAGGAUACUUAAAUGAAAGUAGCCAGUUUUGUAAAUACACUGCUUUGAUUUCUACAAAGCAUUUCAGACCCUGUUCGUGGUGUUUUUUGGACCAUUUUAUUUUACAAAAAAAAAAAACUUGUAUUGCUCUUUAUCAUGUUAUGUUCAUGUAGCUCUUGAGAAACCAUAUUCUUUUAAAAUAAAUAUUGCUCACACUUCUCUA